AUGGAUACCAAGACUGAGCAUACACGGCAUGAUGAGGUGUAUAGUACACCACAGAAGAGAGGUGGCGUUAUAAACACACUGUAUCCUCCAGGGCCCCGGCCAGGCGCGAAAGGACGAAUGAGAAACCAUUGCAGAAAGUUCUGGUGGUGCGAUUGCCUCGUCCUCGCAGUACUUGUCUUGGUCGUUGUACUACCUCUCAUUUAUGUCGGCCUCCCAAAAAAAGCACAGCGCGAGAUUAACGAUUCAACUCUGAAUGUUACCUCGCAAGAGGUCACCAAUCCGCACCCCGGCGGCGUGCACUUGAAGAUUGACACUGUAAUCAAGAGUGGUAGUAGCUACCACCCUACUAUUGAUGGCUUCCGAGCUGGCCUCUCGCUCAAAGGACAAGAGCCAUUCCUCUACGUUGAUGUUCCCAAAGCCAAGUCUCAAGCGGAAACGCAUAUCACGAUUGAUCAAGAUGUCGACCUUGCAUCUCUGGAUAGGUUCUCUACGUACACCAAGGCUGUGCUAGCUAGUGAGACCUUCGAGGUUUAUCUUGACGGGAAAACAAACAUUCACCUUAAAGGCCUUCCAACUAUGGAUGUUAAUUACAACCAGGUUAUAACCAUGAAGGGACUGAACAGACUCUCCGGCCUCAAUAUUACCGACGUGAGAAUCCUUUCCGGAAAAACUGAGAUUCUCCCAGACGGCUCCAACUUAAUCGGCAACGUCACCAUCCCCAACCCCUCCGUGAUGACCCUCGACCUCGGCAAUGUUACCAUGAACCUCUCCGUCGAUGGCAAAGCAAUAGGCACCACGCUGCUCCCCAACCUCAUCCUCAAGCCCGGCGAUAACAAGCUCCCCAUGCAGGGUCGUGUCGAACAGCUUACGAUUGUGGGACUAAUUCGGAGCAAGUACAAGAAUGCGGUGAUACCGCUUGAGAUUCUGGGCAACUCGAGUGUCAAGAAUGGAGAGCAUUUGACCUACUAUGAGGAUGCGAUCAAGAGUAAUACCAUUAAGCUGGACUUGAAUGUUGAGCCAGCAUUGUCGGCGAUUGGUAUCAAUAUUACAGCCUUUGGGUCGUAG